CACAAGAUUUCGUAGCUUAUUAAAAAUAUACAUUUCACAAAACGUAAUAACAUUUUUUUAUAAAACGUUUUAAUUUUUAGUUAAACACCGAGUAGGUAUAGUUUGUAGUAAUAGAGUAAGAGCAUAAAAUUAUUAGAAAAAUAAAUAAAAUGGAUUCACAAAAAACACAACAAAAUGCAUGGGGCAUAACUUCAACCAAACCACCAGAAACAAUGAGCUUCGCUGAAAUUAUGUCUGAAGAAUAUGCACAUCGUGUACAUAAUCAAGAACAGAAACGUUUUGAAGAACGUUUAUUACAACAGGCGAAGCAAGAAUCCACUGAUGCUGAUAUAGCUACGUCAAUAAAUACUCAAUCUCAACUUUAUUCUACAAUUGCAAAUGUGUCAACAACAACCAAUCAAGAGAAACUAUCGCAAGACGGUGAAUGGGAAGAUUAUUCUGCAUUAUUAGCUGCUUCACAAGAAGACACCAUAGGAUGUGAUUCUGACGCCGUUAUAGCUCAAAUGCUCCAAUCGCAAUUCGAUCAUGAAUAUAAUGAAGAAUUGCGACGAAUUGAGAAUAAACGGAACAAGGAUAGUAAGGUGACGGUAACAUUGGAUAAGUUUCGACGUAAUGGGGAUUUAGAAUUCUUAAAUGAUUCCGAUGACUCUUUGGAAAAUGAGGACGAAGCAAGUGGACAUAAGCGGGAUUGGGAUCGUUUUGAAACGAACGAGAAAAUAUUAGACGCAAUACCAAAAUGUGGAUUUAAAAUGGACAAAGAGGGCGAAAUGAUAACCAAGCAUGACCCUCAAUUGUGUGGAGUUCGUAAUGCUUGUAGAGUUAUGUCAUUUCCUCCUGAGUUUCCAACGGGUGAUGGCGCUGGAUUUGACAUGAAACUUUCCAAUCAAGUUUUUAACCAACUGAAGACAUAUUCCCGUCGAGGUAAUAAGAAAAAUAAAAUGCACGAUCGCAAAGCUAAUGUGGCCACAGCAGAAAUGGGUGUCGACGCACCUACUCGCCUGUUACUCUAUAAAUUAAUAAAUAAUCAAAUAUUGGAGCAAAUAAACGGUAUUAUAUCAACAGGCAAAGAAGCAGUGAUCUUACAUGCAAAUUCUGAUCCCACCUAUGCAGAUAAUGCAAGCGGUAAUGGUGGAACAAUAUGUUCCCCGCAUUUGUUACCAAAAGAGUGUGCUAUAAAAAUUUUUAAAACCACAUUAAAUGAAUUUAAGCAACGAGACAGAUAUAUCAAGGAUGAUUACCGUUUUAAGGAUCGUUUUAGCAAACAAAAUAAUCGAGUUAUUAUAAAUAUGUGGGCAGAAAAGGAAAUGCAUAAUAUAAUGCGAAUGCAAAGUGUCGGUAUUAAUUGCCCAGAUGUGGUCAUUUUGAAAAAACAUGUUUUGGUAAUGUCUUUCAUUGGUGAUAAUCAUAAUGCCGCCCCAAAACUUAAGGAUGCACGCUUAAGUCAAUCUGAACUAUCUGUUGCCUACGAAGAAAUCGUUGCAACAAUGUACAAGUUAUAUAACGAAGCAAAGUUAAUACAUGCUGAUCUGAGCGAAUACAAUAUCCUUUGGUACGAUGACAAAUGUUGGAUUAUCGACGUAGCACAGUCAGUUGAACCGGAACACCCAAGUGCUUUAGAAUUUCUGAUGCGCGAUUGUGGCAAUAUAAUAAAUUUCUUCGAAAAACGCGGUUUGCCGAAUAUUUAUACGAAGGAACAACUUUUCGAAUAUAUUACAUCGUUAAACGCCGAGACACAUAAUGCUGCCAUGUUAGAACGUAUUCAUACUCGUGGUGCCUCGAUAGCUCAGGCCACAGCUCCUUCCCAAGAAUUCUGUCCCGAUGAACUGAAACCUCUUGCUUAUCCAUUCGACUUGGCUUGGGAAAAAUCGCAACGCGAGCGGCAACAACAAACAUCAAAAGAAUGUGAAAGUGAAUUGUGUAAUUCAAAUGUUGAUAAAGCCGCUUGUGCGUUUGAGGUUUUAAAAAUAAACACUAUUGGUGUAGAACAAGCCAAUAAGUUGUAAAAGUAUGCAGCGCACAAGAAACAAUAGUGUUUAUGAAAAAAAGAAGGUAUCUAGUAGAAUUCUUUAUGAAAGAAAAUAGUAAUGUGUAAAUAAGCUUUUCUCAGAUGAAUAUUAGAAAUACAGAAACUUGGUGAUUUUUA